UUGCAAGUUGUAAAAAGCAUAUGGAGAGGGCAUAAAUUUGAGAAUGGUCGUCGAUCGAUAAGCCGUCAUCAUCAACAACCAAUCUCUUACAGAAAAUAUAUGAAAGCCUGUAGUUAAACAACUCCACCAUAGAGUUCAUUGCUUGGCUACUUUGUAACAAAAAUAGACCUUGAACCUGCAGAAAGAUUCAAGUGUCUAGUCCUAGUUGUGUUCGAGAAUGGCUUGGAGAAAGGAGUGCUUGGACCUCGUACUGGUGCCACUAGGUUUAAUGAUCAUGUCUGGCUACCAUCUCUACCUUCUACACAGAUGUCUAAGAUCUCCGGAGACCACAGGCAUUGGCUACGAAAAUCAUUACAGAAAGGCUUGGGUUGAGAGAGUAUUGCAGGUAGAGGGAAAAGACGGGGGUUUAUAAUUAACAGUAAUAACUGGCACCAUAACAGCAUCAACUUUCUUGGCAUCGACCUCUCUAGCUCUAAGCUCUCUAAUCGGAGCAUGGGUAGGUAGCUCUUCUCAUAACAUCUUCAUAAGCAGUGUCGUAUAUGGUGAUACAAGUUCAUCAGUCAUCACUGUCAAGUAUAUCUUCCUGCUCAUAUGUUUCCUAGUGGCUUUUGCUUCUUUUCUUCAAUGUGCGAGGUCCUUAGUCCAUGCCAACUUCCUUAUCAGCAUGCCAAAUAGUGAUAUACCAGUGAGUUACGUGCAGAAGGCAAUUAUAAGAGGAAGCACUUUUUGGUCUAUUGGGUUAAGAGCGAUCUACUUUGCCACAAUUUUGUUGAUGUGGAUUUUUGGUCCAAUACCCUUGUUCGUAACGUCAUUGGUUAUGGUGGCGAUUUUGAACAUUCUUGACACAAAUUCAACCCCACUCCAUCAGUUUCAAUCUGCUAAGAGUCAUAGCCUGUUCGGGAGGAUGGGUGAGUAGGUAUAUCUGCACUUGCAACAGUAAUUGAGCGCCAUGAAAAUAAACAUGGAGUUGGUAAAUCAACAGGUCAGGAGCCAUAAUAUCAUCCACAAGCAUCUCAAGGAUCAUAGAAAUAAGAGUAGAUGAGCUCAUACUGUGAAGUGCAGUGUCCAGUUUUGUAUCAUAUGCAGCAGGCUCUUCAGUUCAAAAACAAGACAACUUCAAAAGAAGUUACUGGCUUUCUGUUCAAACCAUGGUCAGCUCAUCUACUGUAAACUCGAUGUCCGUGAACUGUUCCUGGCUAAAUGAUCUUUCCUUAUUUUGAAUCACUCUACUAACCCUCUUGAAAUCAACCUCUCUCUCCCCCUUCCCCAGAAUAUAGUUGCAAGACUAAGAUUGAUUAUGCUGAUUUUUUUUGUUCUAAUUACAAAAAAGUUAUGAGAACAGAAACCUAUUCCUGUAAAUUCUCUCUUUCAUUUCUGUAUAUUGUCUGGAUUUUGAUC